AUGCUCAACUCGGACCCAAUGCCUGGGCUGCUGAUGCACAUCAUCCGGUACGUGAUGCCGUCGAGAAACAAGGACCUGAAGAAACUGCUCUACUUCUACUGGGAGAUCUGUCCGAAAUACGAACAGGACGGCAAGCUCAAGCACGAGAUGAUCCUUGUGUGCAAUGCCAUCCAGCACGACCUGCAACACGCUAACGAGUACAUCCGCGGCAGCACGCUGAGGUUUCUGUCGAAGCUGAAGGAGCCGGAGUUACUGGAACCUCUGGUGCCUUCUGCCAGACAAUGUUUGGAACACCGUCAUGCGUACGUCCGCAAAAACGCCGUCUUUGCCAUCUAUUCCGUCCACCUGGUGUCCGACCAUCUGAUCCCAGACGCGGCGGAGCUGUUGGCAGACUUUUUGGCCGUCGAGAACGACCCUACAUGCAAACGCAAUGCCUUUGUUUGUCUCGGGCACCUGGACAGAGAGGCUGCUCUGCGGUUCAUCCAGUCGCAGGCGGUGACGUCCAUCGACCCGAUCAUCCAGCUGGCCAUAAUCGAGUUUAUCAGAAAGGACGCCGUGUCCAAUCCCGAGCUCAAACCACAGUACUUGCACAUCAUCUCGGAUCUGCUUGAAUCCUCCAACAACGCGGUGAUCUAUGAGGCUGCCUCUACCUUGAGCGUGCUGUCCCACUCACAAGCAGCGAUCACCGGUGCUGCGUCGAAGUUCAUCGAGCUGGCCGUCAAGGAGCCCGACAACAACGUCAAACUCAUUGCUCUGGAGAUCGUCAACGAGCUGCACCUCAAGCACGAGGACAUGCUGGACGACAUGUGUCUCGACAUCCUCCGGGUUCUGAGCGCCCCAUCGCUCGAUGUGAGACAAAAAGCCAUCGAAAUCACCCUGUCGCUGGUCACCAGUAAGAACGUCGACGAUGUGGUUAAACUGCUGAAAAAAGAGCUCCAGAAAACCUCCACGUCCAACGAAGAAAAAUCUGCCGAAUACAGACAGCUGCUGAUUUCUGCCAUCCACUCCUGUGCAAUCAGAUUCCACGAGGUGGCAGCCAGCGUGGUCGACCUGCUGCUGGACUUCAUAAGCGAGCUGAACACGACCGCAGCUGCCGAGGUUAUCACUUUUGUCAAAGAGGUGGUGGAGAAAUUCCCAGACCUCAGGAGCCACAUUAUCCAGAGGCUGAUUGUGUCGCUCAAGACGAUCAAGAGUGGCAAGAUCUUCAGAGGCAGUCUGUGGAUCAUCGGAGAAUACUCGCUGGACGAAAAGGACAUCCAGACCGCCUGGAAGGCCAUCCGGGCCAGCAUCGGCGAGAUACCUAUUGUGGCUGCCGAGAACAAGGGCCACGACGACGAGCAGGAAGAGGAGGUGAAGGCCAACGGCCACACCGGUCCAAAGAUUCUUGCAGACGGAACCUAUGCUACCGAGGUCGCUCUAGGCGACUCCAAAACCGCUGCCGUGUCUACGGCUACCAAGCACCCUCUCAGGGCUCUGCUGUUGGAAGGUGAUUUCUACCUAGGCUCUGUUCUGGCCUCCACCCUGGUCAAGAUGGUGUUGAGGCUGAGCAAGAUCACUAGCAAGACCGACCUGCUGAAUGCUCUGAAGGCCGAGGCCAUGCUAAUAAUGGUGUCCAUCUUGAGAGCUGGCGAGUCGCCGUUGGUGAAGAAGCGCAUCGACGAGGACUCUGCAGAGAGAAUAUUAUCGUGCGUCAGGUUUUUGAGCGAGGAAGGAAAAGACGAGUCGCUGAUCGACGAGGCGUUCCUCGUCGACACCAAAAAGGCAUACAAGCAACAAUUGGCCGCCGAGGCGCAACAGCUCAAGGACAAGGAGCAGGCCAGCGUCCAGGACAACGCAGAGCAGGUCGACGAUGCCAUUGUCUUCCGACAGCUGAGCACCAAGGACAAGGUGGAAGAUCUGGACGAGGAGGACCUGACGCUUGCCGCGGGGGCCACCGUUGUGAAGGAGGACCUGUCGUCGAGGCUGAAGAAGAUCAAGCAGCUGACCGGUUUCUCGGACCCCGUCUAUGCCGAGGCCUACGUCAAGGUGCACCAGUUCGACGUGACGUUGGACGUUCUGUUGGUGAACCAAACUACAGAGACCCUGAGAAACCUAAGCGUCGAGUUUGCCACGCUGGGAGACCUCAAGGUGGUGGACAAGCCGACGACCCAGAACAUCGGGCCGCACGCGUUCCACCGUGUCCAGACCACGAUCAAGGUGACCUCUGCCGACACGGGCGUCAUUUUCGGAAACAUCGUCUACGACGGCCAGCACGCCGACGAGAACACCAUUGUGAUCCUGUCGGAUUUGCACGUGGACAUCAUGGACUACAUCAAGCCUGCUACGUGUACAGAGGCGCAAUUCAGAAAGAUGUGGAACGAGUUCGAAUGGGAGAACAAGAUCAGCGUGAAGUCCAACCUUCCAACGCUGAAGGAGUACCUGGACGAGCUCCUGGAGGGCACCAACAUGAACAACCUGACUCCGGGCGCGGUGAUCGGCGAGGAGUGCCAGUUUUUGUCUGCCAACCUGUACUCGAGGUCGUCCUUCGGCGAGGACGCUCUGGCCAACCUGUGCAUCGAAAAGACCGCAGAGGGCCCGAUCGUGGGCCAUGUGCGGAUCCGGUCAAAGGGCCAGGGCCUGGCCCUGUCCCUGGGAGACAAGGUUGCCGCGAUUGCGCGCAAGACCAGCCAGGCCGUGGUGUCGCAGGUGUAA